CGAUCCAGGCCAUCCAGCCGAGCGAGUUCUCAAUGGCCGACUUCCUUCGUUAAAAAUCUUCAAUCUCGCCAUUUUUGUCGCUAAAGUCGCAUAAGCACAUUAAGUUGUCACAAAGAAAAUAGUCUAAACUUUUUCAACGGAAAAUUUAUUCGGUGAAAGCUACAUCGACGUUGGAACGAGUAGCCCUUGUCUCUUUAGAAUCGUGCGGUGGCUAUAUUAUUCAAAUCACCCUUCUACCCAGAAACAAUGACGUCACACACCAAUCACACAGUAUUCUGCAAAUAUGAUUGCACGGCUAAGCACUGUGAGCUGAUUCUUCGCCUUGCCUCUUGUCCAGACAACAAAAGACUAGUUAAAGGCUUAGCAAGUCUCAAACAGUCUUUAUAUGAAAAGCUGCAGGAAGGCUGGAACCCUCAUUCAAAUGUGGAUGACCCAUUGGAGGAGUUUCAGUGGCCUCUUGUUCACUGGGCCUGUGUGCUAGGCAAGGAUUAUGCUUUAGAAUGGCUCUUUAAAAUGAACUUUCGGCCAAAUGCUGUAAAUGAGAAAACUGGUGAAACAGCAGUUCACAAAAUGUUACACAGUUUGUAUGGGGUAUGCCAGCAUGGAGGUAUCUCAAUCCAGCAGACAUUUAGCAAGUUUUUGGACUUGCUGAGAAUGCUGACUUCACAUGAUUGUGACCUUCUGUUAAUUCCCGAGUCAUCUAAGGGCAACACAGCACUCCAUACAUGUGCAACGCUUAUCAUUCGCCAAGAAGGUGCCACAUCUGAAUUGGAAUACUAUGAAUAUUGUAUGACUGCCAUAUUACGCCGUAUAACAGCACACAAGACCUCUGUCACCAACAUUGCUUUCGAUGCUUUGAACUACAAAAAUAAGAAGAAUAAAACUGUUCUUCAUAUAUUGGCAAAAAAGAAUAUCUCUAUUAAUAUCUUGAGGUACCUUGUAAGGAAGUUUGGUGAUAGGAUUGACCUGAGCAUUGAAGACUGGAAGAACAGAACUGCUAUGGAUGUCGCAGUGAACAAAGGUGCAUCAUCUAUCGUGCAGCUUUUAAAAACAAUCGGUAAUAAACCUAUUAAGGUAAGUGGCUUAACCAAAAAUGGCGGGAAGAAGGCAGAGCCUAUUGAAAUACAAGACGAGGAGGUGCCAGAUAAAACUGACGAAGUGACGAGGAAAGCUGAAAAACAGAAUACGCCUAAACUAUCUUCAUUGUUUGAAAAGGGCAAAAGUGUAUCAGAAGUUCGAAUCAAGGAAUCAUUAUCAUCAUCAACAACAUCAUCGUCAACGUCAUCAGCAUCAACAACAGUAUUCCAUUGUGAUCAAUUCAUACCAGAAGAUGGUAUGGAACCUGUACUAUCUAGGUUAAUGACUCAUCAGUCAGAAAAAGUAACAUCAUCUGCGUAUGUGUCCAAAGAUACUUUGGGUGUGGCUAUGGAGGUUGUCUCCCUAAGUGGCACCGUAGAGAUUGACACUAGUAACGAGGUAGAUAUUCAAAGUGGGGAGCUUCUUGAGAGGGUUCAGGGCCACUCGUCCGCACCAGGAGCUCAGUUACAAGAAAGCGUAUCUAGUGGCGUCAAAGAUGAACUAAGUGAAGGAGCCUUUGAGGAAAAGAUUCCUGAAAGGCCCACUGCUUUUAGUCCGGCUUCUGUCGGCGUUGCGAGUUGUUCUUCGUCAGGAGACAGGUCAGUUAUCAGUCCUGACAGAGAUAGCGGCAUCGGGGAGCUUUUAGAAGGUAGAGUAUCAUCCAGUCCUCUAAUAAAGCUCAUACACGAAGAGAAAGACGUUGUGUCUAUCCUGCAAGCGAGACUCGAAGACAAAAGAGAGAGACUUCGACACGAGCUGCAUGAGUACACGCAAAACAUCCAGAGUAACCAGAAUCGCGAAGGAGCCACCGUCGUUACUCUUCGAGAGAUUCUGAAGGAGCGAGAUGAUCUGAUCAAACGCGACCUGCAGGAUGCCGGCAGAAGAGAGAAGCUUGUGAAGGAACUCAAGGAGCUGGAUGCUUCUAGAACAAAGACACGGCUUAGAAUGACAGAGAUAGAGCAAAAGAUUGCGGAGCUGAGGAAGGCUUCAGAGAGCUUCAGGUCAGACUUUACCAAGAAGAAGGAAUGCUAUAAUUACAUGAAGAGGAAGUUGUUAGAGUACGAUGAAGCGUUGAGUGAAAUCUCUAGUAAGGAAGGUUCUCAUGCUGCAAAAAAAGAAAAACUUUCCUAGUUAGUCGUGUUUUUUUUGCAGUAUAUACUGAUAGCUAGGCAAAAUAUGUUCUUAAUAUUUUCUACAUAAUUUUUGCCCCACAAACCCUGCAUGGAUUGGUCUGCACUUGCAGCCAUAUGUUUAUAUAUAGUUUCAGGUAAUUGUGUUAUUACAUCUCUCACCAUUUCGAACCAUACAUAAAUUUAAAUUUCUAUUUAUUGCCGAUUAAAGGAGAGGGGAGUUGAUCCAAAGUUGACUUACCCCUCCGCCAUUGCAUUUUUCUGUUCAAGUAAUUACAGUAGAUCUCAUACAUCCCUAGUAAAAGUUCAGUUCUAAAGGCUACCUUAUUACACUUUGUUAUCGCGAAGUGAAAAUUUUGCGAUUUUAUGCCGUCACACACGACACAUUAUCUCGUAUUUAUAUCUUAUUUUCGUAAAAGAAAAGGUCACUUAAUUUUCGUUUCUUUGUGACUUUUGUACAAUAAUAUCAAGCAAAAUAUGUGGGCCUGAAGAGUGCUUAAUAAUAACAAAAACUAACCAACAGAAAUAUAUACAAGCUGUGUGUAUAAACUCCAUAUUUGAUUCAAAGUCCUUUUUUGUACUCACUAAAUUUUCGCGCAUCCCGUUAUAUUUGCGACACGAUUUUCGAGUCACCUUAAAAAAUUGUGAAUAUGGCUAAAUUAAAGUGACGCGAAAAUAAUAUGUUAUAAGUAACGCGAAAACAGUAUGUUAUAAGUGCCCCAUCCCCCAUCUUUUGACGGUUAGAUUUAGAAUAUCCCAGGGGUAGCAAUCAUGUAAUGGAAUAAGCUUAAAAUAAGAAACUCUAAAACGUCCAGCUAGUACGGUCGUUCGCCUGCCAAAAGCAGAGAUCAAAAGAGAGCAUUUUUUUCUGUGUUUUAUUACAAGAAUAGUGUUGAAAUAUAUUUUACUUAUAAAGUACUUAUAAGUUAGAUAUAUGAGAAUUGUGUACCCUAAAAAAUAAAUGUAAAUAUAGAAGGUU